AAGAAAUAUGCUCCAGACAACGUUCCAUGGAUGCAGGUAUAAUAUCCAACCCGACCGACAAAAACCAUGUAAUGAUGUCAACUGUCAAGGAAAAGCCCAAGAAGUGGACGAGGGCAAAGGCCCCCAGAGUGAGAACUGGCUGUAAAACAUGGUACACCAAGCAAACAAUUGUCUUCCCCAUUACAUGAUGGAAUCCGCUAACUGGGAAUCAAUAGCAAGUUCGUGAUCCUUG